AUUAGAAAAAACAGCAAUGAAACAACUCCAAGAAGAUAAAGACAUUGUUAUUAAACCUGCAGAUAAAGGUGGGGGUCUUGUUAUCCAAUCAAGUGCUAUGUAUAUUAAAGAAGCUUACAGACAGCUGAAUGAUACUGAUGUAUACGAAAAAUUAUCCAAUGACCCAACACCAGACAUACAACAAAAAUUAAAUACCUUCUUACAAAAGGGAUUAGAAGAAAAUAUUUUGAAGAAAAAAGAAUUUGACUAUAUAUUUAUUAAGAAUCCCCAAAUUCCGGUAAUUUAUUUUCUGCCGAAAAUACAUAAGGAUGCUCAACACCCUCCCGGCAGACCUAUAGUGUCUGGAAUUAAUUCCCCUUUAUGCAAUUUAUCUCAAUACAUUGACACCCUACUCCAACCUGCAGUCAAACUCAUGAAAUCUUAUCUAAAGGACUCAAUGUCACUAUUAAAUUUUUUAAAUGGAUUUUAUUGGGAACAAGAUUUUAUACUUGUGACAUGCGAUGUCACCUCUUUAUACACUAUUAUUCCACAUCAACUUGGUUGUAAUGCAGUCAGAACUAUGUUAUCUAAUGAAAAAAGAGUCCCAGAAACUCAGAUUGAUUUUAUUGUGGAAGGCAUCAAUAUAAUUUUAAAUAAUAACUAUUUUUGGUUUUUUAACUCUUUUUACCUCCAAAAGAGAGGAACAGCUAUGGGGACCAGGUUUGCCCCCAGCUAUGCCAACCUCUUUAUGGCCGACUGGGAAUCCAGUGCCAUUUGGGGGCGGCAUACAUGGGAGCAAAACCUGGUCUCCUAUUUUAGAUAUAUUGAUGAUUUGUUUUUUAUAUGGAAAGGUUCGGAAGAUUCACUUAAUGCUUUUAUUUCACAUCUUAACUCAAAUAAUAGAGGAAUUGUUUUAACAUGCGAGUACAGUAGAGAUACAAUUAAUUUUCUAGACUUAAGUAUUUUUAUCAAAGAAGGAGUAGUGCAUACAAAAACAUUUUUUAAAAAAGUAUGCACCAAUACAGCAAUUGAUCUGACUAGCUGUCACUACAAGCCAUGGCUUGAGAGCGCCCCCAAAAGCCAAUUUCUACGUAUGCGUCGAAAUUGCUCUCACAUUGAUGACUUUAAUGAACAAUCAUUGUUUUUAAAAAAUCAGUUUAUUGAAAAAAACUACUCAUCCACACAAUUAGAUAACAUUAUAGAAACAGUAAGGAACAAACCCAGAGAAAACCUUUUAACUUAUAAAGAUAGAAAUAUCUCAGAAGCCCCUACCCUUCCUAUAAUUUUUAACUAUAAUAACAAAAGUGGUUUUAUCAAAAAAACGAUUAAAAAACACUGGCACCUCCUAAGACAAGAUGAUCUCCUUAAAGAAACAUUACCGACUCAGCCAAAAAUUGUUUUUAGAGGUGCACCCAAUUUUAGAUCUAUCUUAACCAAUAACUAUACCAGAGAAGUUAAAAAUACACAACCUACUUUUCUUAAUGGAAUGACGGGUUUUUAUAGAUGCAAACGUUGUAUUGUGUGUAAAAGUACUAAUCCCGCUACCCAUUCCAAAGUUACCAGUUUUAAAUCGAAUGUAACUAACAAAAACUAUAUUAUAAAAGAUUUUAUUGGAUGUAACACUACCAAUGUUAUCUACCUAUUGGAGUGCCCUUGUGGCCUCCAAUAUGUGGGUAUGACUACCAGAUGCCUUAAAACAAGAUUAGCAGAACACUGCCGAAAUAUAAAAAAUGGUUAUGCCAACCACUCUGUAUCAAAACACUUUGAAAAACACAAUCGGGAUCCUAAAUUUCUUAAAUGUAUCGGAAUAAAAAAAUGCAAAGUCCCAUGGAGAGGUGGCAAUAUAAAAAAUAUUUUAGGUAAAAAUGAGAUGGAGUGGGUAUUUAAUCUACAGACGUUAGCCCCCCAAGGCUUAAAUGUGGAUUUUGAUUUAUUUAACUUCUUAUGAUUUUAUUCACUUUAUCUUUAUCUUCCUUAUUGUGGUCAUUUUGGGGCUAUCCUAUUCAUAGUUGCUACCUACGGCAUUAUAGUCUAGGAUACCCCCAAUCUGACCACACUAUAGAUAUUUUAAUUAUAAUAUAUAUAUACAUGUUAUCACAAAAAUGUAUGUAUUUCUUGUUAUUCCUUGAGAUAUAUAUUUUAUAUUUUUUAUAUAUAUUUUUUACUUAUAUAUGUGCUUAUAAAUAUGCUGCUAUUAUAUUAACUCAUUACUAUAUGAGGAUUAUUUAUGCUGAUACCUUUUUGUAUGUCUUUUAUCAGUGGUUUUUCUUUUAUUCACUUGCCUGUCUUAUGUACAUUAUGAUUGUGUUCUAAUAUGAUCGUUAUUCUAAAUAUAUGCAGUGUAUUUUCCAUAUUUUGCUCGUUUUCCCAUCUAACUACAUUUCCCAGGCGCCUAAGCGCCGAUCACGUGACCCGUACACUACACUGCUUGUGUAUGCCGCGGGUCACGUGACGUCACACGCACCCGCCUCUAAGACAUUUACACCGCCCAUUGCUGGGACGGCUAAUAUGAAUGUCUGUGUGCGAUCACGUGACCCGCGCACUACAUUUCCCAUAGUGCCGCGCGGGUCACGUGACGCGCUACAACAAUAUUUAAUUCCAACUAAAAGCUUCGUUUUUCAUAUGUACAAUGCAUAAUAUGAUUGUGAUACACAUAUUUUCAUUCUUACUCAUUACAAUCUCUGUUUUAUGUGCUUCUCAAAGUUUUGUUAUCCAUGAACAUUAUGCUUGAUUCUGAUUGGUUAAAGCUAAUUGAUGCUGUUUUUGGCGCAAUUUUUAAAGUACUAGUGUCCCUAUAUAUAUUUUAUUCUUGCCAGGUUCUCAUGUUAUACCAUUUUGAUAAAACCCUAGUGGUGAAACGCGUUAAUGGUUUUUAUUGUGUAUUUUAAAUAAUAAAUUAAGUUUGGCUAUAUUCUUGUGCCAUCUAUAUUAUUAUUUUAUUAUUUUUACACAUAACCUUUUUUUUACUACCUAUUUCCUGGCAUUUUAUAUAUAUCCUGAGGUGGGGAUUAUACCGCCCACGCGACAUUCCAAGUGCAGUGAUAUCUGCACUCUAUUUGUGAGUAUAUUUCCUAUUCUUUUUAUUUUUAUACCACAUUAUAUUAUCAGAGAGCACUAUUGGUUGUUCCUAUUUUUCCUUUUCCUGAGAGUUGGACACCGUCAUACUCCAAGAGGACAAGCAUUCGUUAUAUCCUACAAGCAGGGAUUAUUCUGCUGAAAACCCAUUACCCCUGAGCUGGUCAUAGCUCAUGAUAAUGUGAGUGCAAUUCAUCUUCUUAUUUUAUAUCUACACAUUUUAUACAUUCUGCACGAUUGGUCCUUUCCCUUUGUGUUUUCCAUAUCACGAGACGAUCUGAAGUAUCACAGACAGAGGAAACACUUUACCAGUGGAAAUUGUGGAACAGACACUUCUACCCUCCAACAUAUAUUGGGACUCAUUUUAUUUUAUUUAUUUAUUUAUUUUACUUAUUUUUUCAUUUUAUUUUGGCGCUACCUUUCUUCCUGUUCAUCUGCUGUGCAUGCCUGUUACAGCUCAUCUGCUGUGCAUGCCUGUUACAGCUCAUGUGCUGUGCAUGCCUUUUACUGUGGUUUCCAUGCCAGCUCAUGUGGGUGUAAAGCAUUUUUUAUUUUUUUUGCAUACUUAGUGACGGUGGUGUCAUGGCACCCAAGAAAGCAGCGGAAGCUGAGAAGAGGAAGAAGGAGAUGAUUCUGCUUGAGGACAAGAAAGAAAUCAUCAGGAAGCAUGAAGGAGGAAUGCGAUUGACUGACCUUGCCAAAGAGUAAGGAAGGAGUGCAUCCACAAUCGGUACAAUCCUAAAAAUGAAAGAGAAGAUAACUGGGAGAGAUGCAGCCAAGGGAGUCACCACGGUCUCCAAGCAACGGCCACCUGUUCUGGAGGAGGUCGAGACGUUGAUCCUGCUCUGGAUUGAACAGAAGCAGCGUGCAGUGGACUCAGUGACCAAGGCGAUCAUCUGCGAAAAAGCCAAGGCCUUGCACGCUGACCUCCUCAAACAACAGCCAGGAACGUCAGCAAAUGCAGAAGGCUUCAAGGCCAGCAGGGGGUGGUUCGAAAGGUUCAAGACCAGAUCUGGCAUCCACAGUGUGGCCAGGCAUGGAGAGGCUUCAAGUUUCGAUGUUGCUGCAGCUGAGGAAUUUGCUACGGAGUUCCUGGAGGUCAUAGUUUCAGAGGGCUACCUUCCUCAGCAGGUCUUCAACUGUGACGAGACUGGACUCUUCUGGAAGAGGAUGCCAAAGCGUACCUUUAUCACAGAAGAGGAGACCUCAUUGCCUGGCCAAUAUGCACACCAAAUCUUUGGAAUAGAGAUAUCUGUGUAGGCAUUCUCCUUAAAGAAAUUAUCAGUAGCUUAUUUGAUUGAAUUCAGAUUUUGCUUCUUAUACAAUAAAAUGUUAAAUCUCCAAUUAGAUCCAGUUAUGACAGUUUUAUCAUAAAGAACCAUGAUAUCUGCAUUAUGGUCAGACAAGCCAAUGAAGGACCGUCUCACCCUCUUGCUCUGCGCCAACGCCAGUGGGGACCUUAAGAUCAAGCCCCUGCCUGUCUACCAUUCAGAGAACCCACAGGCCUUCAAGAAACACAAGAUGAACAAGGAGCAAUUGAGCAUUUUGUGGCAGUCUAACCCAAAGGCUUGGGUCACACGCCUCUUGUUUGUGAAGUGGGUCAAUGCGGUUUUUGGUCCUGCUGUGAAGAAGUACCUUGUGGACAAUAACCUGCCACUCAAGGCCAUGCUGCUCAUGGACAAUGCUCCUGCCCAUCCUCCAGGCCUUGAGGAAGACUUACUAGAGGACUUUAAUUUCAUCAAGGUCAUGUUCCUUCCGCCUAACACCACCCCACUACUCCAGCCAAUGGACCAGCAGGUCAUCUCCAAUUUUAAAAAACUCUACACAUGGGAGCUUUUCAGGCGAUGCUUUGAGGUGACAGAUCGCUCAAGCCUCACCCUCCAUGAAUUUUGGAGAGAGCAUUUUGGCAUUGUGAGCUGUCUGCAGAUUAUCACCAUUGCCUGGGCCGGGGUCAGCCAGACAAACCUAAAUUCUGCUUGUCGCAACCUGUGGCCAGACUGUGUUGUGAAACCUGCCUCCAGUGCUUCUGCACCUGCACCUGAGUCCACAGUGUUGGAGGAAAUUGUUUCCUUGGGGAGGACCAUGGUCCUGGAGGUGACUGAGGAGGAUGUCUAUGAGCUGGUGGAGGACCGUGACCUAACCACCGAGGAGCUGGUGGAAUUGUCUAAGGAGGCGAUGGAGGAGCAGACCGCAUUUGAGGAGAAAGAGGAAAUGAGUGAGGAACAGCUCUCUUCCACGGAACUCAAGGAGGCAUGGCAAAUGUGGGUAAACCUACAGACUUUUGUACAGCAGCACCACCCAGAGAAGGCACUAGCCCACAGCCUUGUGAGCAGUUUUGACACAGACAUCAUGUCACCUUUCCGAGGGAUGCUUAAAAGGCGCCAGAGGCAGCAGACAAUGGAAAGGUUCCUACAAAAACAGCCUAGACAUGAAGAAGAACCUGCUUGUGUUAGUGCUGCCCAAUUGUCCUCGUCCUCCUCAUCUUACAAAAAUUGUUAAAAUUGUUUUGAAAUAUUCCAUGUUUUCCCUGUUGACGUGUGAUUUAUGUACAGUUGAAGUGUACUGUACCAUGUUACCAACAGUCUGCCAUGUUUUAAAAGUUGAUGUGUGAUGUUUUAAAACAUAAAGUUGGAUGUUUGAAAUGUUAUUGCUUGAUUAAUCAUGUCCCUGUGCAGUAUUUAUGCCUUUAAAGUGCACUUUAUAAAGAAUUUUGAACAUAUAAAAUACUUUAUUUGACUUUUGUCUCACCUCUGGAAGGCAUUAAUUGGUUUUCGAUGCAUUCCUAUGGGAAACCGUGUUUCGGUUUACAAAUUUUUCUCAAUACGAAACGUCCCGGAGACCGCAUUCAAUUUGUAAACCGAGGUCCCACUGUAUUAGGAAUUGGUAUAAUAUGUGCUUGAAACAUUUCAUUCAGGACUUGGCAAAAUUGACUAAAGUGAUUAAAAAACGUUGUAAGAGAGCCUUUAAUAUUGUUUUUAUUUAUUAAAGCCCUCUGGUCCAGGAGCUUUAUUUGCCGUAAGAUUUUUUAUGGCCUGUUCCACUUCACUAUCAACAAUAGGUUGAUCUAUUGUCACUUUAGGAAAACUAUAUUUUUGGAAAAAGUCCUCCAUAACUACAGGGGGUUGUCUCUCGGAAAGAUUGUAUAAUUCAUAAUAAAAAAAUUUAAAUACCUGACCGAUUUCCCCAUGAUUAAGUAAAAAAAAAAUUCCCCUUGCUUGAUCUUGGCAAUCACAUUUUUAGCUCUAUCAUUUUUUAUUUGUUUGUCAUUAAUUUAUCUGCUCUGUUUCCUUUAUAAUACCACUUCCUUCUGAUUUUAUCAAGAGUAUUAUUUGCUUAUUGCAUUAAUUGGAUAUUUAUCUAAUUCUUGGUUUCCAUCAGCAUCUCAGCUGUUUCUUUUGAGGAGUGACUAGUGUUUUCCCUUUCCAGAUUUUCUAAUUUUAUAUAAAACUCAGCCACGCUCUCACCUCUAAGCCUUUUCUCUUCGGUGCCCAUUUUAAUUAAUAGACCUCUGAUAGUGCAUUUAUAUGCACACCAAAUCUCUGGAAUAGAGAUAUCUGUGUAGGCAUUCUCCUUAAAGAAAUUAUCAGUAGCUUAUUUGAUUGAAUUCAGAUUUUGCUUCUUAUACAAUAAAAUGUUAAAUCUCCAAUUAGAUCCAGUUAUGACAGUUUUAUCAUAAAGAACCAUGAUAUCUGCAUUAUGGUCAGACAAACAAAUGCCAAUUAUCAUGAUUUUUUUUUUUUAUCAACUUCACCAGAUCUCUUUCUGCUAGAAAAUAGUCCAAUCUAGAAUGGACCUGAUGAGAGGAAGAAAAACAGGAGUAAUCCCUCUCUUGAGGAUGCAAAAUACGCCAUAAAUUAACCAGCCCGUUUGUUCUCAAAAUCUCAUUAAACUGUCUUGAGAGAGUCUUAGUAUGACUUUUUUUUGUCUCUCUUAAUUAUAAAUAUUUUGAACUUUAAAUGUCCUUAUCAGGGAUGAAAGAAUUGCAAGUGCAGUUAGUUUUUAGUCACUGAGCGCUUCCUUUCUUUAGUUUCCCCCUUUUUUCUUUUCCUUUCUUCCUCUUUCCUUUUUUUUUCUUUCUUUCACAAGCUCUUAUUAAGGUCGGAUCAGGAAUAAUAGAUAGACUUUGGGGUAUAGAGGAGGGAGAACGUUUAUAAUUAUCCCAAACAGGAUUAGCAGACAGGCCCUGCGUGGAGCUUCCUGCCUGCCAAAUUUUCACUUUUUUGGAUCCCUUUCCUCUCCCCUACCUCCUAUCUUUCUCUGAUUUAAUAUUGCAGUGCAAAUCCCCUUGGCUAUAAAAAAAAAUACCAGGUAUUAUAAGGUACUUAUCAGUUAUUUAUCAGGUGUUUGAUCGCCGUCGUGAGAACAAACUUCUUUCAGAUCUCAGAUCCCCAUAGUGACAAGAUUCUCACUGUGCCCUCAAACGCCUCCAGCACCUGUCAAUUGUUCCAAAGUUGUCUUUGGAACAAUUGAGCUGCAUUGGGAAGUCUGUGAUUGGACAGUCACAGAAAGACUGGGCUAGGUUGGAAGGGGAGAGCUUGCAAAGGUUUCAGAAAAGAGAUCUGCAGCUUCUAACAACUGUUUUACAUAUAUCCCCAAUGAAAAGUAUAAUUAGAUGCAUUCAUUUAAAAAAAAAAUCUUUAAUUUUCGAGUAAGUGAAUCACAAACUGGCCACAGCACUUCCACUUAACAUAGUAACAUGACAUAUGCAAUACAAGACAUCCUGGUGGUACAAUUUGCUAAAUUUUAUAAUACGGGCUGAUAGGUUAUAGCGAGGUGUGUGACUAGAAUUAGGGGGAGAGUGGGCCACUUGUCUAGGUGAGUAUAUAAGCACUCCACUUGAUAAACCAUAAAGCCAGUAGAGUAAAGGUGCCUGGGUCACGGUGGUUAAGUGUUUUCUAUGAGUGUAGUCUAGUCUGAGUAGCAAUCUAUAAGUGUGUGUCACUGUUGGGUUUUAUGUAGUGACCAGGUCACUGUUCGAUGGAGGUUAUUGUUGUUAGCUUGCUGGAAACCACUUAGGUUUACAGUGUGCUAUUUUCUAGCAAAUGUUGCUUCAAUUAAGCUGGACUAGGUCCGAUGGUGAAGUGUAGUCGUUUUGUGAGAUUCUAGGUGUAGACGUCUGUUCAGGAAUUGGUGUAGGAGCUUGGGUGCAUGAUAUAGCCUAUCUGGACCAGUAGGGUGCCAGCAUGAGGGGGGUUCUCUAUUUGAUUGUGUGGUGCAAUUUAGGGAGGUCGGGCACCUAUGGAGGUUGUACCCAUUAUGUAAUGCAGCUAGCAGUCCCAGCUUGUCAGACAUUGUGUGGCAUAUGAGGUCCCAAGGAGCUGCAUGAGGAGCUUGUGGGGAUUUAGAGAUUCUGUAUACCCCGUCGAAUCCAAAGGUUUUGACCUGUCUUAUUGGCAACACUGCGGCUACUAGGCGUCUAAUAAAACAGGUAGCUCUUCCAAUUGUAUUGACUCCUUCACCCCUCUGAUCUUGAGGUUCUUGCGUCUGUCCCUGUCGUCAAGUAUGUUUAUUUGUCAGGCCAUAUUUGCCUGUGUGGAUUGCAGUUGUUGUAUACUGUCUUCCACUGUGGGGAGGCUCUGUCUCAGGUCUGUUACUUUGUCCUGUGUCGCUUGAGUGUGUGCGGUUACCGCUUGCACUUCAGUAAUGAGCGUCGCCAGAUCUGCUUCCCACAUCUACCUUAGGUUAUGUUGGAAGCCUGCCAGCAUCAUUUGAAUGUCACUUUUGGAAGCAGGUGCACAGUCGUGCAAGCCCUGAUAUGGUUCCUGAAGUUGGGGGCUCGGUGGGGGGCUAUCUUGUUGGUCCCCAUUUUCCGAUGGUAGUGGUGAGGCCUCCUGGGGGGUCUGGGCCCUUGCUGCGUUUGGCAUUUGCAGUAGUUGGCCUAUGUCCUGCUGGGGUUUUGGGGUAGGUGGGGGCAGUUUUUGUGAUUUGCAUCCCAUCUCACCUCUAAGUGGGGUGCCGGGUAUUAGAUCUUUUGGGUCGAGUGUUUGCCACGGCCAGGGCCCUCCUGCGAUGUUUCAAUAUUGUCCACCCGCAUGAUCGGCCUUGCCGCCUCGGCAUCUGGUUUUGGAGUCUGGGGACAAAAAGAACGGCGUCUACGGAGUCUGCCGGGUGUACCGCAUGUGAUGGCGUGUCUGGUUGCUAAUUAUGUAGCAGAAUAGUUGCAGGGUACCUCAGAUUGAAGUGAAAAUACACGGAGCUCAGAGAAAUGGCGUCUUCUCCGAUGCAGCGUUAGGUUCUGUCCCCCGCAUUCAUGUUUUUAUUGGGGGUAUAUCUACUAAAUAUUGAUUUAUUUAUUUUUUAAAAAUUUACAUUUUUUAUUUCAGCAGUGGAGUGUCCCUUUAAGCAAAUGUGUAUAUACACUGAUUUAUCGUAUGUCAUAAGAUCUUGCACAUGGAAGAUAGUAACAUUGGUUGAAGUGGCCUUUAGUGUAAUGCAACAUUUUAAAUAAUAAAUUAUAAUAAGGAGUGAUGAAUUUUGAGAUUUUUUUUUUUAUCCAAAUGCAUAGAGCCCAGUACGUCCUUGUUCGUUCACAUGUCCUUAUUCUUUGAACAUAAUUUGCCAUUUUUUUUCCCUUCCCUCCAUCUUGUAAUUGCAAUCUAUUUUUGUUCACAAAACUAUCUAUAUAAUUUUUUAGGAAAUUAAUUGUUUAGUCUUUCUCGAAUCUCCAGUCUGGCAGCUCACUGUAAAGAAAGCACUGUCUUUUAAUAUUUAAAGGCUUGUUUUGGCAUGUUCAUCGUAUAUUAAGUACUCUCCUUCUCUGUGCCUUUGUAUUCUACCAGUUUAUUCCAGUCAAUAGCUCCUGAGAUUCUUAAUAAAUUCUACUAGGGAAAAUCUGAAAAAAUUGGCAGUAACAUGAAUGUUGAUUUUAAAAUAUUAACUUAGUGUUGUUAAAGGAAUUUAUAUAGAACAUAAAUAAGUAUUGGUAAAAUUGGAAGGGCAAUGUCAAACGUGUGAAGGACAUAACACCAGUUUAAUUUGAUAAUACCUGAUUGUCCAUUAAGAUACAGUAAUGUGGGGGGGCGGGGCCUGGCCGCCGAGCUGGCCGGUCGCACGGCACAACAGCUCCAGCAAACCUCGAUUAAUAAUCUCAAAAUAUGGACCUGUUGGAUCCACCUGUCGACCUACCACGGUGGACCGGCACGUAUGGAGACACUGGACCCGGGGAGAGGCUGGCAGCUGCUGUUUUGUGUGAAGGACAUAACACCAGGGGGGGUACGCAUCGCUCCCUCUGGAUGAGGCCUACUCGGGCAGUGGGUGAGGCGGACGGCCGCUGCCCACUAUCCUGCCCGAUGCUAUACAGCCAGACUCUCUCGGCUGGGCGGACCGGGCCCUGUUCCCCAGCGAUUUAACAGGUGAUCUAAGCGUUUAUAAAUUAAGCCUGCAAUGCUAAGUAUGAUAUUAUUUAUAAAUCUUGGUGACGAUCACAUUAGCCUAAGACAAGCAGCUUCAGAGUUAAUAUUAAGCUACACACCAGCCCUAACAGACAAGCCUUGACCCUAUUUCGCCCUUCUAGUCCAGUGGUCACUUGCCCACUUGUUAACUUACUCGACAACUUAAGCUGAUAUUCCUCAUGCUUGAUGUUUAUUACUUGUCUGACACGCAGGCACAUGUGUAGCUAUACUACACUAAGCUCUCGCAAUGCAAUCACAACCCACAGGCACACAACACCACAUAGCAGUGGAUCAUCAGACAAGUUCAGCCAUACAUAUACCAAUACUGAUGUAGGGAUUGGCGAGCUGCUGCUACCCGUGUUAGCCUGAUCUUAACCUGUGUAAUUGCUCAUGCCAACAUCUAGCCUGACAACUUUUGAAUUACCUGAAAUCUUGUGUCACAUAGUCUUGAAUUGUUUUGCUUGUUAAUUUAAAAAACAAAAAUUGUGCCGUAUCCUCACAUGCCAUGCUAACCAACUGCUCAUAAUACACUUGUGGAUGCUAUUGUGGCACCGUAGGAUCAAAUGUUGUAUGUUUCACAUGCACAUGAAAAAUAAAGAAUAAUAAAAAAAAAAAGAUACAGUAAUGUGGACCGUAAUUCCCAACCUACCCCUCUAAUUCCCAAGGUAUUAGGGAGCUAUCUACCAAAAGGCUGAAAGACCUAAAAAGAUUACUUAGUAUUAUUAAAUUCAGCCCCUACUCGCUAUACCACGAGUAGGGGCGUGUCUAGUAAAUAGUGAGCAGCAAAACUAUUGCCCCCACCCUUGCGCGAUGGGUGGGGGCCCUAAAUACGGUCCUCCCCCCGGCCCCCUCCCCCUCCAGCCCCCACCCAUAAAUAAAAAUUGGGGGGGACCUACUGUCCUCCCCCCCAGCCUCCACACCUGCGCGGCACGUGGGGCCCUAAAUUAAAGCCCCUGUUCUACCUUCAGACAGACUAUUUAUGUAGAUUGCUUUAUUUCUCUUAUGUUUUAGUCACCCUGUACCCAUUAUAGGUGCAGGGUGUGUGUAAUGUAAUUGUUUAUGGUGUGUGUACUGUGAAAUGUAUUGCCUGCUCUCCUGUACUGCUGAGGUUUGCUACCAACUAGGUGGAUUUGGCUAUGGAGCUUGUCUAGUGCCCUCUGUUGGUAGCAACAGCAAUAUGCACUACCUGAAUAGCAAGACUGGUUCAUUUGCAUAUUUGGGUAGAUUUGCAUAUUGCUAAUUCUGCAGGCAGGUGAGAUAUUUUCUGUUAAAUAUUGUCUCCCCCACCCCUUUGUCUCCCCCACCCCUUUGUGCCAUUGUGUUAUAAUAAGUCACUGUAUGUUGCCCGCUAUGAUUUGGCUGUUUGUAAUUUUAUUGAGUUUUCACCAAAUUGUUAAUGUAAUGACCAUAUGGGCUAGUCCCAAGUAAAAUAAAUGUUUAGACAGUUCUUCUUGACCCUUCAAAACGUAGCCUUGUCUCGUUCUUGAAAGGGGAAUUUUGCAGCAUAAUCACUAAGCUCUUUUCAGAGCUGUACCUGAUUUCUACUUCGGGUCCAGCAGAGGGGAAUAAGCAGCUCCAUCACUACACAGCGACUUGCCGGGAAGAAAAGGAUGUCCCCAACGGCUGAUACACUCACUCUAGCUGGGUAGCCGUUACAGGGCAUAAUUUAAUAAUACUAAGUAACCAGCUUAUAUAGAGGUUGGGUCACAUGUUGCACUGGCCAAUCACAACCAUGCCAUUAGUAGGCAUGGCUGUGAUGGCUUCUAAGGGCACAUGAGUCAAACGCUUGUUGAUUGGCUGCCCUGCAGCCUUUCAAAACGCGUAAUUAAAUCGCCGAACUCCAACCCGAACAUACAGUGGUAUGUCCGUGAUCGGGUCCGGGGUAUAAAAAACGUAAUGUUCGGUACGAACCUGAACUUUGCCGUUCGGGUUCGCUCAACUCUAUUAGUCACUUAAGCCUUUCUAUUUUCUGGUUUCUAGAAUUUAAAGUCUUAGGUACUUUGUUGAUCAGAAUAGAAAAGGGGAACAAAAAUGUUUUCAAAUAGUAGCACAACACUAUAAUACAGGCUGGAUAUACCUGAUUGCCAGUGGUCUACAUCUUACAGUAAAAGCUAACUACUAUCAGGCUUAUGUACUUAAAGGGACACUCUAGUCACCAGAAACACUUGAGCGUAAUGUAGAAGUUCUGGUGUGUAUAAUAUGUUCUUGCAUCCGUUUCAAUGAAAAUUCAGUGUUUACAUUGCCUACUAACACCUCUAUAUGUAGUCACUCAGACAGUCACGAGAGGUGCUUCCUAUUUCAGUGACAAGACAAGCCUAGCAAUGGAGAAAAGGUAAGUUAAAUAAUUUCAACUCCAUUCUGAGGUUGACAUGGACCCAAACAGGUGUUCCAGCACUACAGUGUUCCUUUAAAUUAUGCCUCUGUACUGAAUGUGGGAAAAGCAUCCAGUUUUGUAUGGGGACAUUUGGACUGCAGAAUCUGGACACUGUUCAGUGUCUGGACUUUGCAUGAGCCAGAUUGUAUCUGGAUUUUAGCCUAAAUGAACACUGCCUGAUAAAAUCUGUUCUCAGACUUUAAAUAUUUAAACUAUUUGCCCACAGACAGAGCUUAAAGGCAGAAGGCAAAAAACAUCCAAUGUGCAAGAGUAAUACAUAUGGUUGAUGGCCAGUGGCUGUUAGUCAACCGCCUUCAAAAAAAACCAAACAAACAAAAAAAUAAAAAUUAAGAAAAGCUUAUGGGUUUUAGUAUAGUCACCUCCCAUCAAACUAUGCUGUGGGCAUGGGCAUAUCGAUAUAAAGAGCUGGAGUUUAAAAACAAACAAACUAGUGACUGGGCAGCUAUGGCUGCUCUAUAGCUUAAAAAGCCAAAUGCAAUUGGGAUCGCAAGCAAAUUACCAGUGAGUUAAAUUUUAUAAUUUCACUGUCUGCUGCCCUAACUUCACUAGGGAGACUAGGUCCACACUGUGACGCAUAUGCCAGGAGAUGUAUUCAGAUCCAAUUCCUUUAAAAUUGUUUAUUUGGUUAAAUGUCCAGAUCAAAUACUUUUUAUUUAAUUUGGAUGUGACAACUGGACAGGAUCCUGAAAUCUGUGCCCCUCGAAAUCAGCAAUUUUUGGGGCAUGCAUUAUGAUGUGUAGAGUAGGACACCUGUAGUUAACUAGGGUUGUCGUCCUACAAUAAGUGUUUGGAUGUUGCCAGAACUGAUUAAGUCGAGGCUUUGUGCUAAAAAAUAAAAACAUGGGAUUUCUAGCGCUUGUUUAAAGUGUGUGGCAGCUUGGACUUUCCAAACCAGAGUCUCUUCCUUCUGGCCGUAGGUAGAUAUAGAAAGGGAAUCAGGGCAAAAAGGGAAGCAGCGCCUUCUCAAGUGUCCUCAAUUCAAAUAAACAUGGAAUGAUAUGUUAAACAAGAGACAAUCUUCUGGAGCUUGAAAUCAGCUCCAGAUAUAUCCUCUCUUAUUUAUAAUCACCAGCAUCAAAAAUCCAUUCUCUUAUUUAUAAUCACCAGUAUCUAAAAUACUACACCAUAUUCUAUUUUAUUUGUCCUCUUGUUUUACAUAUUGUUCCAUGUUUAUUUGAAUUGAGGACACUUUUGAAGACGCUGCUUCCCUUUUUUUCCCUGAUUCCCUUUCUACAGGCUUUGUGCUGCCCCACCCAUCAAUUGCCCACCUCAUGGCAGCCAAAUACAGCACCUUCUACACCCGCUGUAGCAUAAAUUUUCCCUUCCCUCUACCCCACAGACAAUAUUCCCCAUUCCACUGCCAAACAGAUAUUGUAUAAUGUAUAUUUCUCGUCCAUCCCAUCCAUCCCUGUACAGUCCCAGUACACUCUUUCUAUAUUCUAUCAAAGCUUCCCAUCCAUAUUUGUCCUGUCUAUCUCCCACAAUAUCCUGCUCUCAUAUUUCCUUUCAUGCUUUUUUUGUCUGCCCCAUCCACCUCCUCUGUCACCUGACCCCAUUUGCCCACUGUCAUUUCUGUUCCUCUCUCUUGUGCCUCCCCCUCUCCCCAUUUCAACAAAAAAGUAAAAAUUUAAGAACUAAAAAACAGGAAAUGCACAGAGAAACUCAAUAGCUUAAUCUUCGGUUAGUGCCCACUCAGGUCUUGAAAAGGUUUUUGUUCAUUUGUGGCCAUUACAGUGAGAACUUAUGCCAUGUGCAUAUCAGACUAAACACCGCCUAUAAGGGCAGUUCAGAUCUGAAAUGCUGACACGUUUCCUCUGUACGAGAGAUACAGCAACCCCGGUAGAUUGUUUCAGCCUUGGUGGGCCUCGUCAGUGAGAUUUGGCUGGUACCCUUUAAGGCACAUUGAGCAAUGGGUCCACAUCUGGAUUACCCUUUUAACUUGGGGAACUCAUAAGCAAAUGUAUAUGCUAUUUUCCACCCCAACAACUGAGUCUCUGUCAUGCCUCUUAAAUACAAUGCACCCUAUCAAAAGUGGCUCUCACAAUGCCCCCAACCCUUCCCUAUGUCUUAUCCCAUGCCCCUUUAAUUCCUUGUGUCCCUUAGGGCCUGUUUCUACAACAGAAUGUGUUGCCAAAUGUCCUUUCUGUAAACUAGCAGUCGGAUUUGUGAGUCUAUCUGCGUGGCAUCUUACUAGUUGCUCCUUACUCCACCAAGGGUAAUACCCAAAGCAGCACAGAAUGCCAUAUGCAGACAGGAUGUGCCCCCGCCACUCGAGUCUCUAUCCAACAAACUCACAAGACUGACAAGAAUAUGUGGCAUCCAUUUGCUUCCUUUUGUGAAGGAGCCAAGAAGUGUUGACUUAACUCUUUGUUCAUAACCUACAAAAUGUGCCAGCAAUAUCCUUGCUAACCAUGUUCAAGAUGGAUAUUUCAAAAUAAUCUGGAACACCGUGUAAUAUUGAAACGAGAUAAGGACAUGCUUAGCAGUGCAAUUUGUGAGAAUAAACGGUGGAUUACAAACAAAGAACCUUUACCGAGAUUGCCAAAAAGUGGUAUAUGAAGCCGAGGUAGUUAAACAAAGAGUACAGAGACGGACUGGGAAAGGGAGGAAGAUGAUGUGUGGACACAGAGAAAGAAUAGACUAAAUAAGAAUUUCUUUCUACACAAUACUUUUUCAUAUCAGCUUGACACAAUCACAACUUUUAAUUCCUCCACUCUAUUGUCCUAUGCAAUAGGUGGUACUAGUCUAUUUGGAAUCGUGUGAUAAAGGAUAUUGGCCGCCUAUGGCUUUUAAUGCUAUCCUUGAAUCACUUGGUGGUGUUGGUUACUUUCAGAUACUGCACACUAUCCUUCUUUUAAUUCCAGUGGCACUUGUGGGUUGUCACAAUCUUCUCCAGAACUUCACAGGAGCUGUGCCAUCUCACCACUGCCGUGUGCCUCUUAGUAUUGCUCUCCAAUAUAAAAUUAAUUCUACAAGGGAUGCAGGUCAAGAAAAGUUGCUAAGGUCCUUUAUCCCCUUAGACGAGCACCAGAAACUUGAAAAGUGUGUCCAGUACAGAAGAAAUAAAGGAUGGUCCUAUCUUCUAAAUGCAACACUUGAAAAAGUGAGAGACCUGAGCAGAGAACCUUGCAAGGAUGGAUGGAUUUAUGAUACAAAUGUCUUCUCCUCAACCAUUGUUACCGAGGUAUGGGAAUCCAGGUUAUAGUUAUAUAGUUUAUAUAGUUACCUAGUAGUCUAGUUAAAAAAAAACAACCUAAAAUCUAUAAUGUUCACUCUUGAAGCCCAUUCUUAUAUGCUGUAGAUCCAAAAGAAGACAAAAAACAAUUAUAGCCAUUUCCAAUUAUACCACAAAAAGGGAGAAAUUCUUUCUUUACUUCAGAUUUCUUCUUGGAUCAACAACCUGAGAAGAUUCAUACUUUGCUUGUUUUUUCUUUUUAAUUUAUGUAUCAAUAUGCUAAAUUGUCAUGUUGCUGAGUUUAAACCUGAUUAUAAAAUUAAAGUUGGACACUUGUUAUUGAUAUGUAUUUACUAAACAGUGAACUGUCAUGAGCUGAAGAACCACACUGCAUUUUUUAAUGUAAAACAGCUAAAUUAGAAUUAUUGGCCCAAUUUUACCAGAUUGAUAAUUUAGGUCAGAGGUGUAUAAUUUAGUUUUAAUUCACCAUACUUUAGUUUAGUUAACAAACCUCAGUGUUUUCUUGUUAUCCAUUUUAAAAUUGCCUUCUGAUUGCAAUUUUUGAGGUUUGAUUAAAUUACCUAGUAGAGGUUAUCAUGCACUAGGUAAGACAUUGACUAAUAUCUAAUGUUAAUUGCUCACCUCAUUACAGAUAGAACUGGACAGUGUCUGUUAAUAUUUUAUAGAUAGAUAGAUAGAUCAUCAGGACAGGCUCAGAUGUCACUGGUUUGAAGAAUAAUGUUUUAGCUUCAAAUAACUGGGUUUGAUUGUUAUUAAUUAAUUAUUAAUAAUUUAAUUAUUAUGUUCACCCCUAACGGCAGAUCAACCAGUCCAACUAAAACAGUCCUAUUUUAACUCUGCCAAUGUAAAUGGACAUCUUUGUAUUAUUACGAUAUUCAGCAGUUCAGGGCUUCAGACAAUUAAAGGUGUAUUCAAAGUGAAUUUCAAAUUUAAUGUCAAAAUAGCCAAAUAUUCAGUCAGCUAAGUUUUUGUUAAGCUACUCUGGUCUUAAAUUUGAAAUUCACUUUGAACUCCUAUUUCAGUAAAUAACCCUAUGUGUAUAGUUCACAAACAUUACACAAUGAUUGCUUUUAAACUAUAAAGUUUACUUUGUAAGUUAUUAAUAUUGGCUAUUACUUUUUCGAUUUGUAGUGGAAUCUGGUUUGCAGCCAGCGUUCUUGGAAGCAGGUAGCACAUUCCAUCUACAUGACAGGAGUGCUUAUAGGAGCUGUUGUUUUUGGAAGUCUGGCUGAUAAGUGAGUGAUUUUAAAUAACUUUUUAGGGCAUGCUUCACGCUAUACACUCGAUUCACUAUACACUGUAUGGACAAACGUAUUGACCAGUACACCAACAGUAAACUCUUAUGACAUUGCAUUCUAAAUACAUAGACAUUAAUAUGUACAGACACUCCUCACUUACCGACCGAGUUCCGUUCCUACGACACGGUUGUAGAACGAAUUGGUCGGUAAGUGAGGCGUUAAGGGAUUCCCUGCUCUGCUGUGUUCUUCUAUGUUCGGGGAAAUGUCCUUGAAUAUAGACGAACGCAACAGAGCAGGGAAUCCCUCUAAUCUAUGUUUGGGGAAAUUUCUUUAAACAUAGAUUAAGGGAUUGCCCGCUCUGGUCGUAAGUGCGAGCUGUCGCAAAGCAGGUAGGUCGUAAAACGAUGACCACCUGUAGUUGGUUUUUUUUUGUGUUUGUAAAUGCAGGCUGCAAGGUGCUUGGUUUUACAAUAAUUCAAUAGUUCAGAGGUGUGUCCCAAUACUUUUGUCAAUACAGUGAAUCGAGUUGUAGUUAUAUUUUUAUGUAUCAGAAUCCUUACAUGAAAAUGCAAUUCUGUUAUGUCUCACUUGGUAAAGGUUGUUGUAAUCUCUAGUUAGUUUACCACUAUCGGGUCCGGGGCAGUUUGUACUUAUUUGUAGACGUUAUCUUUCUCUCCUAGAUUUGGGCGAAUGGAAAUCCUUACUUGGUCUUAUCUUCAGAUGGGAAUUGCUGGCUGCUGUGCAGCGUUUUUGCCAACCUUUGAUGCCUAUUGUGCUUUCCGCUUUCUCUGUGGUGUGGCAUCAUCUGCGGUUUCUGUCAAUUCCAUUUCACUGAGUGAGUAAUCUUUUAAUUGUGGGACGUGCAGUAUAAUUGUGAUGUUCACGUUAAGGUAGUCAUCAUAUAUUAUGAUAAAAUGCAAAAUGGUAAAAAUUCAUUCAUAUUUCAUGAGAUUAAAUCUUUAUAGCCUUGUUUCACCACAGGCAUUUUACAGAAAAAUCUUAGAUAAUUAACAUAUCAAGAUAAUUUCACUACUCUGAGUAAUGCAAUUUUGUAGUUCUGUAAUUCAAUGAUUAUGGAGAGGAAACAUCUGAAAAAUAGUGUUCCAUAUUGGAAUACUGAACAAAGGUGGAGACAAACCUGUAUUCUUUCUUUUCAAGUUUUGGAAUGGAUGCCCAACAGAGGUCGAACUUUGGCUGGAAAUUUCUUUGGUUUUUCAUACUCAGUGGGACAGCUCUUGCUUGCUGCUAUUGCUUACAAUAUCCGAAACUGGCGCUGGCUUCAGUUUGCUGUUUCAGCACCAUUUUGUGUCUUCUUCAUUUACUCCUGGUACGUUUAAGUCUUUGAGGUCUAGAGGGAGAGUAACGGAUUAAUGGUGGAUGACAUUAUUAUUGACUGUAGGAAAAGAUAUGGCUAAUUUAUAGACGAAAAUCAAAAGAUACUUUUCUCGUUUUUUGACUAAGGUGGCUACCAGAAUCUGCUCGUUGGCUUAUUCUUCGAGACAGACCUCAUCAAGCUGUGGAAAAUCUGAGGAAGGCUGCACGCUUCAAUGGGAAGUUAAAGGAGGGCAAGAAACUUAAUGCCGAGGUAAAGAGACAGAGAAAUACAUUAACACAACCAGACAGAAUUCACUGAGUAUACCAGAAUGAUUUGGUAAAAAUUACUACAAUGAUUCGUUAAACUGAGUUUAACAAUAACAAUUUAAUAAACUAAUACUGACCAAUAUCAUUAGGUAAACAGAUAUUUGUUUCUGUAUUUCUAACUUCAAUGAGACAACUUAGUUUCUAUUAUAUUUAUUUUUUAACUAAACAUCAAGUCUGCUAUUUAUUUCCUUUUUAUAUAUGUGUUUGGAAUGUUCUCCUGGCAGAUGUUGUGCUCUGAAAUGCAGAAAGAAAUACUGGAGAUAAGAUCAUCUCAUUCUGUUCUUGACCUUGUACGCACCCCUGCAAUGAGACGAAUGUCCACAUGUCUUCUCUUUGUGUGGUAAGUUCACAGGUACUAACGAUUUGUAGUCAAUAUAGUUUUAUUGCGUAAAGCAAAAUCAGAUUGUCAGGGAUAUUACCUGAUGUGGAGUCUGGUAUGUAGAGAUAUACGCUCACCCUUUCAAAUAAACACAGACCAAGGUGACCAGGUAAGAAUCCAUCUGGUCUGUGAGUCUGUGCAUGGGGGCUGUGCAGGGAUAUAAGUGGACAGUUUCACUUAUAAUGAUUUGAUGGCAUUGAGAAAGAGUGCUUUAGAACUCUAUGAUAUAAGUGUCUGAGUUAGUUUGUUAGUUUUUGCCAACCCACGUAAUUUGCCUGAAAUAGAGGAGUAAAUUUGUUUAACCCCUUAAGGACCGAGGACGGUUCAGGACCGUCAUCGGCAUUUUUGCCUUGCCGACCGAUGACGGUCCUGAACCGUCCAAACGGUCUGGGGCUACUUACCUGAUCGCCGUCGUUCCCCCGGCGGCGAUCAGUGUUCUUCCGGUUGUGGGGAGACUGUCUGCAGCCCAGACAGUCUCCCCACGGCAGAUUAGGACCCCUGUGGCCAUGUGAUCGCUUAACACAGCGAUCACAUGGUCACAAUAGGUGUCCAUAGUGUCUGCCUGCAGGGGGACUGCCUGUGCUGACAGGCAGUCUCCCUGCUAGUGUAAAAUCAUAAAAAAAAUUAAAGUUAAUGGUAAUAAAAAAAAUAAUAAUAAUUAUAUAUGUAUAAAUAUGAUAUAUAGACAUAUAUUAUAUCUAUAUAAUAUAUGUCUAUAUAUCAUAUAUAUAACGCCAUACUAAGUGUAUUUUUAUAUUAAUAUGUACUUAUAUUAAUAUAAAAAUACACUUAUAAUUAAAUUACACACGUAUAUAUAUAAUAUAUAUAAUAACUAUAUAUAUUGUAUAUAUAUAUUAUUAUAAAAUAUAAAUAAUAAGUAAUUUAAAUUAAAUAAUUUUUUUUUAAAUAAUAAUAAAAAAUUUAAAAAAAAUUAUAUAGCUAUAUGAAAUUUUAUUAUAACUGUAUUUUAAAAUUAAUAUAUAUAUAUUUAUAUCAAAAUACACUUAGAAUGAAUUUGUAUAUAUAUCUAUGUAUAUAAAAAUAAAUAAAAAUAAUAAGAAAUAUACAUACGUCCAUAUACAAAAUUACAUAAAUAAUUAUAUAAAUAUACACGUAGACUUCAAAUAUAUAAAUAUGCAUAUAUAUUUAAAUUCUACGUGCGUAUUUAUGUAAUAUUUUACAUAAUUCAGUAAUUUUAUUGAUUGCAAUUUGAGGGACCUGCCUGCCAACCCAGGCCGAAAUUCCAGAGAAUUUAAUUUGCUAGCACUGUAUUUUACCCUGUAACGUUCUACGACACCCUAAAACCUGUACAUGGGGGGUACUGUUUUACUCGGGAGACUUCGCUGAACACAAAUAUUAGUGAUUCAAAACAGUAAAACAUAUCACAGCGAUGAUAUUGUCAGUGAAAGUUACUUUUUUUGCAUUUUUCACACACAAACAGCACUUUUACUGAUGAUAUAAUUGUUGUGAUACGUUUUCCAGUUUUUAAACACUAAUAUUUGUGUUCAGCGAUGUCUCCCGAGUAAAACAGUAACCCCCCAUGUACAGGUUUUAUAGCAUUUUUGAAAGUUACAAGGUCAAAUAUAUGGGUCAAAUAUUUUUACAUUGAAAAUGGCCAGGUUGGUUACGUUGCCUUUGAGAGCGUAUGGUAGCCCAGGAAUGAGAAUUACCCCAUGAUGGCAUACCAUUUGCAAAAGAAGACAACCCAAGGUAUUGCAAAUGGGGUAUGUCCAGUCUUUUUUAGUAACCACUUGGUCACAAACACUGGCCAAAAUUAGCGUUCAAUUUAGUUUUUUUACUUUUUCACACACAAACAAAUAUGAAUGCUUACUUUGGCCAGUGUUUUCGACUAAGUGGCUACUAAAAAAGACUGGACAUACCCCAUAUUGAAUACCCUGGGUUGUCUACUUUAAAAAAAAUAUGUACAUGUGGGGUGUUAUUCAGAGAUUUAUGACAGAUAAUAGUGUUACAAUGUCACUAUUGAUAAAUUUUAAAAAUGUAUGUUUUGAAACCGCAAUAUCCUACUUGUACCUAUAGCCCUAUAACAUGCAAAAAAAAGCAAAAAAGCACGUAAACACUAGGUAUUUUUAAACUCAGGACAAAAUUUUUAAUCUAUUUAGCAGUUUUUUUCAUUCUAGAUGAGUAAAAGAUUUUUCAAGUAAAAGUCAAAAAACAUGUAUUUUUUCAAUUUUUCGCUUUUGUAGAUGAGUAAAAGAUUUUUCAAGUAAAAGUCAAAAAACAUGUAUUUUUUCAAUUUUUCAUCAGAUUUUUGUAUUUUUUUUAAAUUAAAAUACAUGAGAUUAUAUAAAUAAUGGUAUGUAAAGAAAGCCCCUUUUGUCCUGAAAAAAACAAUAUAUAAUUUGUAUGGGAACAGUAAAUGAGAAAGCGGAAAAUUACAGCCAAACACAAACACCACAAAAGUGUAAAAAUAUUCCUGGUCGCAAAUGUACAACAUCGCAAAAACAGUCCAGUCCUUAAGGGGUUAAUACUAAAUCAUAUGGUCAAUGUCUGUACACAUGUAACUCAAAAUAAUAAAAGUAACUAAAUUGUUACAUAUACGUCCGAACACACCAGGACUAAUUAGUCAUAACCUACUGCGGACCCUAGAUAAAAUGGUUCAUGGAUAAUUGAAUGAUUAAGUGUCAACGGAGUAAAUCUGCCUAUAGAUGAGGGACACCAAUAUCCCAAACACACUGGACAGUGCCCUCCUUAAAAGGUAGAAAACUGAGUGGCAAACCCUAUAUCGAAAAGCUAUAGGUAAAACAUUAUGAUCGUGCCCCUAAUGCACAGUGAGACAGUAUCCAUGUGGAAACUUUAAUCAAACCCCUUGCUAAAAAAGGGGGGGCUCCAGAUCAUAAAGAGACACUAUAGACAUAAAGAUGAAGUAAUAGUUAAAACACAGCCAUAGAUAUGUGUCAGGAGCUGAACAAUAUCGACCUCUAAAUCACCCUUCGUUAUGCUGGAAAAUAUGUCCUCAAGCCAAAAUUCAUGAGGUCUGCAGCCCUGCUGUCUCCUAAAUUAUGGCUGUACUAACAUCAGAAUUCCCACUCAAACUCCCAGGUUUAGGCUAGUUAUGAGGAAAGAGAAAGACAAAAAAAUUAUUAAACCAUACUAAUGUGCUGAACCAUACUUAGAGUGUUGGUUACCAGCACAUGUGGAUAGAGUGCCCUGUGAGAUUGAAAUAAAGUGAAGAACGAGAAAAACCCGACGCGCGUUUCGAUGCCUACAACAGUGCACCUUCGUCAGAGGCCAAGCUUAUACUGAACACAGGAUUGUCUUUAUAUAUGUUUAGUAUCUCUGCCAUAGCCCAAUCAUUGGUAAGCGUGUAGCCGUUAUCGGGCGCCAAACUGCCGACUUCGCUGUAUGCUAAUGGGGCUAUUCACACCCACCAAUCACACUAUGCUGCAUGUUGAACUAUCAGUUUUUCCAGCAGUUAACCCUCUCUGUACUGAUGGGCUAGCAAUAAUAUGAUCUGUUAGUUAACCUGAUAUGGUGGCCCGGCUGAGAGGCACUUAUACUUCACUAUAAAAAAUACCCCCUUCUGUCUCAUUAGAGAUAUCUUUGCCAGAAGCUCAAGGAAGCAGGCUGAAGGGUCAGUGUUAGGACCUGCUUAGGGGGGUCUGCCUUGACGUUGGCAGGCGGGCAUUCCCUCCAGUGGCCAUUGGAGCAACUAAAUUUGUCUAAAUAUACAGAGGGAGAGAGCGCAGGUAACUUUUUCUUUUCUUUAGCUUCAAAUAAAUACCACCCAGGUGGCAACCCUAAGUAGUGUGUAAAAAAAAAUAAAAAAUUAAUAUAUAUAUAUAUAUAUAUAUAUAUAUAUAUAUAUAUAUUUUAAAAUCAAUGGGCCUGGAGCAGCAGCUCAAUCAACCCCUAUGUUAAUCCGGCCCUGCACAUAUUAAGAGCACACUAAUCUAGGUACUCUCCACUGGAUACACACCAAUCUGAUGUAUAUGUAACAAUUUAGUUACUUUUAUUAUUUUGAGUUACAUGUGUACAGACGUUGACCAUAUGAUUUAGUAUUAAAGUCUUUUGCCUGUCACAUUUUUUCCUAAUUGCAUCGGACCAGGGAUUUUGGAGGUUCAGUUAUGUUUCACUCAGUAUUGACCUACAGGUUUGGGUACAAUUUUCUGUACAGUGAAGUACAUCUACUAUUUUCAUUUUGACAUUAUUUGGCAACAUUGGUUUCCAGUUUUACCCUGUAUGUGAGACAUGUUAUCCCACAGACUUGAGUAGUUUUUUGUUGUAAAGAAAUAUUAAAGUAACUGCUUAAUGAGGAGUUGUUGAUUUUGAAACUCUUGAGCCACCGAAAUAUAGGAUUUUCUUUAACUUUUACAGAUUUUUUUUUAUUUUUUAUUAUGGCUAUUAUUUUACAUUGGUAGCAUUAGUAUUUUCAUUUUAUAAACUGUUUUGAUAGGCCUUAAGUUAGGUUCCUGGAAGGGUUAAUUUCUGUACACCUGAAUCAUAAGACUAACAGCUUUGUACAUUGCAAGGAGAUCAAAUACGUAGUCUUGGCACAUGGCCAUCGUUGUUCCUCCCUCUUCUAAGAAGACCCUACACCUAUACCCUCCUAUUCUAAGAGGAUCAUACCUAUUACACACCCUUUAUAAAUGUAAGUGUUAUGUUUUCACCAUGCUGUUUGCAUGAGCUUCUUUGUGUUGUUAGUUAAUAGUCAAUAUUUGAUUGCUUAUUAAUGAUACCCCUAGACUCCCCUUCAUUGUGCGUUAGUAUAAAACAUUUGUUUUGUUUAAUAAACAAUGGACAUUUUUCUGAAUUGCCUCCUUUGUAAGAUUUCUUAAGCGUGUCUCAAAGUACUUAUGGUGUGGCUCAGUCUGGAUAGAAUUUUAAUACCACGACAGGUAAUUAUGGUGAUAACAAAGGACAGGGCAGAUGUUGCAACAUCAGUUCCCUAGUCCCAAAAUGCCUAAAGGAAGAAGUAGAUAAAGAGGAUUUCAAGGGACUUGGUUGGUGAAUGUGAGGAGUAUGUACCUUUAAUUUCCUAGGGACCAAGGUACUGAUAAUGCAUUGGUUCCUUAUUGAAUGAUUGGUAGGCUUUUCUCUUUUCCUAUAACUUUUAGCUGCAUGUGACUUGACACCUUCUGUUACUCUGUUGGGUACCACUAUUAUUACUCUACAGCCCAUGGGCUAUGUGAUGGAGAACGGGAUAAGUAGGAAUCGUAAGGACCCUAAGUGAUUUUUAUUACCAUUGUUGGUCCUGUUAUUUCGAGUGUGGGAGUCUAUUUUUCCUGAGGUGUGGAAAAACUUCCCAAAUUAUACCUGAAUUAAAAAAUAUAAUUAUGCUCAGAUACAUUGCCAUUUAAUAUCAUACAACAAAUAAAGUAUCCCAGCAGUAGCUAGUAACAGAGUGUAUAAACAUUAAGACAAUAGUGAUGUCGCGAACUUCCGCAAAUGUUCGCGAACCCGGCGAACCGCCAUAGACUUCAAUGGGCAGGCGAAUUUUAAAACACACAGGGACUCUAUCUGGUUGAAGGGGGGGGGGGAGGAGACUUACUCUCCUCCCCCCCCGGCCCCCACCCCUGGGCGGCGGGUGGGGGCCAUAAAGAUAAUGAGGGGGGGGACCUACUGUCCCCCCCGGCCCCCACCCCUGAGCGGUGGGUGGGGGCCAUAAUAACAAUAAGGGGGGGACCUAUUGUCCCACCCUGGCCCCCACCCAGAGUGCUCUUUGUCAUUUUACACAGCGUGGGAAAGUUCUUUGGAAUUUUCCCACGCUGUGUAAAAUGACAAAGAGCACUCUGAUUGGCUUAAACCCACCAAUCAGAGUGUUCUUAGCCUAAUUGCAGAGCGGGGCAAGGUUUUAUAAGCCUUCCCUCGCCCUGCGGAGCUCAGUCUGCGCGGAGCCCUCCAUGGGUGAAGAUGGAUUAUUUUUUUGCGCUCGGGUUUUUUCUUUUUCUUGGGUUUUUUUUUUUUGCGCUCGGGAUUUUUUUUUUUUUUUAGUUCAACGGUUAUGUUGGUUUUUUAUUUGGCCUUUUUUGGGGCUGAAAAAUGAAGAUUUGAGAAAAAAGAAGACGUCGAAUGGUAAGUUUAAUUUUACAGGUUAGUUAUUUUAUUCCCCCCUCACUAUUUUUUAGGGUGAGGGGGGUAGGUAGGGACUUUUUAUUUGGGGGGGUGGUGGGUGACUAGGGGCUUGGGGACCCCUAGUCACCUUGGGGGGGGGAAAUUUACUUAGGGCCCCCACCCGCAGCCCAGGGGUGGGGGCCGGGGGGGAGGACAGUAGGUCCCCCCCUCUCAUUAUCUUUAUGGCCCCCACCCACCGCCCAGGGGUGGGGGCCGGGGGGGAGGACAGUAGGUCCCCCCCUCUCAUUAUCAAUAUGGCCCCCACCCGCCACGCAGGGGUGGGGGCCGCUCAUUAUCAAUAUGGCCCCCACCCGCCGCGCAGGGGUGGGGGCCGGGGGGGGAGCAGUAGGUCUCCCCCCUCAUUAUCAAUAUUGCCCCCACGCGCGCAGGGGUGGGGGCGGGGGGGACAAUAGGUCCCCCCCUUAUUGUUCUUUUUAUUGCCCCCAGCCACCGCUCAGGGGUGGGGGCCGGGCAGAGGACAAUAGGUACCCCCCCUAUUAGUAUUUAGGGCCCCCACCGGGUAAGUUUAAUUUUAUUUUACAGGUUAGUUAUUUUAUUCCCCCCUCACUAUUUUUUAGGGUGAGGGGGGUAAGUAGGGACUUUUUAUUUGGGGGGGUGGUGGGUGACUAGGGGCUUGGGGACCCCUAGUCACCUUGGGGGGGGAAAUUUACUUAGGGCCCCCACCCGCAGCCCAGGGGUGGGGGCCAGGGGGUGGACAGUAGGUCCCCCCCUCAUUAUCUUUAUGGCCCCCUCCCGCCACCCAGGGGUGGGGGCCGGAGGGGGGGUGGACAGUAGCUCCCCCCCCUCAUUAUCAAUAUGGCCCCCACCCGCCGCGCAGGGGUGGCGGCCGGGGGGGGCAAUAGGUCCCCCCCUCAUUAUCAAUAUUGCCCCCACCCACCGCGCAGGGGUGGGGGUGGGGGGGGGACAAUAGGUCGACCCCUUAUUGUUAAUUUUAGGGCCCCCACCCACCGCUCAGGGGUGGGGGCCGGGGGGGACAGUAGGUCCUCCCCUUAUUGUUAUUUUUAGGGCCCCCACCCACCGCUCAGUUAAUUAGAAAUACAUGAUUACACAUUUUCACAUAUAACAGGCAUAUAAAUAUAUUUUUAUCAUAUGAUACAACACAAAAUAAAUGAUAUAGAUAUAUAUUUAAAACAUCAUUACGGACAACUUAAGUUCUAAGUACAAGUGCUUUAUUUUUUUCUUUCAAUUUUAUACUAUGUGUACCUAAUGGACAAGUAGUUAAUAGUUAAAAUAUUUUAAAAAUAUACAGUGUUAAAAAAAAAACCCCAGAAAAACAUUUCAAAGACAGACUACACGUUUGUAACUGAAUUAUUUUAAGAGUUCACUUUGAAGGUGCAGCAUUGCCCACGGCUGGCAGGAUCAGCAGUGCUUGAAAUUAUUUCCUAUGGAGGAUUAUAUUUUUUAUAAAAAAGUGAAGACAUGGGAAAACAAUCUCUAUUCUCUCCAGUGAAGCUGUUUCAAUACUUUUCAGAUAUGCAUAAUAUUAAGCAUAGCAUUGAGCACAGCGAAGCAUGGCUGUGCUACCAGCUUGCCAGCUAAUCUGUAACUAAAAGAUUAGCAGUGUUUGCAUGAGAGCAGAAGGCAGUUUGCUAAUGGAUGCCCCCAUGCUCAACAAGUGUGACCUAGGGAAUCAUUUCCAACAAGCCUGCUCAGCCCAGUUUAGAUUAAUUACCUUAGAAUCCACCCUGUUCGCUUCUUCUCUCUCAUUAGUAACAUGCAAUCAACUA